UCCCACUUUCAAUAUUUGACUUGCUGUCAGACUUGUUUAAUAGUAACUGUCUUAAAAGUAUACGAAGCUUCAGCAGAAGCGAGGCUUUGGUAAAGAGUCUUACCAUCUUGUAGGAAACUGCCUUUUCAUUAAUGCAACAUUUCUGGCAAGAAAAUGAGACUAUUUUGAUACGCUUAUGUUGCAGCUGUCACAUACACAGGGGUUGUUUUAACGAUAACAAGGAAGUAGAGUCUGUUAGUUUUAAUAGGAAUACAAUGUACUGCUACAAUGGGACACACUUUUCUUUAAAAUUCAUUCUCUGAAAUAUUUACGGUCUAAAAACGUGUGAUACCUGAAAACCUAACAAUUUAUAACUUAACUUCAAUGUAAAACUAUUAACAAAUUCAACCCGGCCGUUUACCAGCUUUCUUCAUUUGUUUACAUUUGUUUUCUUCACUUUCUAGUUGUUGGUUUUUAUGUCUGCAUUUUAACUGGACCUAUACAGGGAAAAUAACAAAGUUGAUUUGACGUGUUGUGUUUCCAUAUAGACUGGUAGAACCCCCCUCCAUUUCGUAGUGUCGGAUGUAAAUGGCGAUGAAGAACUCAUGGAAAUGCUGUUGAAGCAUGGAGCAGACACAAAUCUAAGUGACUCUUUUGCUUUAACGCCACUUCAUCUGGCAGCCGAGAAAGGAAAUUUAAGGGCUGUGAAGAAACUCGUUGAGAAUCCUUACAGUCCAGCUGAUCGCAACAAACGAAACCGAAGUGAUGAAAUACCUGCUCAAGUAGCUGAGAGCAAGCAACAAGAAAAUGUUUUGAAGUACCUCUUGAAUGAUGAUGCAUACGAAGUAGAUGUCAGCUCUGAUGGUGAUGUCGUGAACGUUUCAUCAAGUACAGGUUCAUCUGUCACCGUCAACUCCCCGGGUGGAACUGUGCACAUCAUGGUGGGCGACAGCAGUACAAUGAAUGUUAACAAAUGAAUGGAAACUAGAGUCACGUGUGUCCCACUUUGGAAAGACACAAUACUUGUAACGAGGGUAGCAAUCUAACAGCUUCAUGCCUGCCGGAAGAAAUGAACGAUGAGUCACGAGCAUUCAGUUCUUUUGCCUUUAGGACUAUAGAGUGUCCUAGUACAUAGACGAGUCUUUCCCAGUAGCAAAAGUAUAGUAGCAAAUCUGCAAUGAAAACGUGAAAGGCUUGGACGAUGGAUAGAACGUAAACGUUAAGGGGAGGAGCUUUUAAUUCAGAGUUUCCUUCACCCGGGUUCUGGUUUAAGUCCUGGACACAGUCUGCAACAAUGUGCGCCAGCUAUCAAGCAUAAAUGACGGCUGUUUUCUACUUUUUCUCUUUGAGGAGCAAGUUUAAAGAUACUCGCAUCAAGUUGUUUGGGAUAAAGCCUGGAUAUCCAAACCUAGUAGGAAAGGUUUUAGUGGUGCAUCUAGACACCAUGCCAUUAAUAUACAUUGCACGGAACACUCAGCGUCUUUAUUCUCUUUGUGUCCAGAGGUUUUGUAGGCAUACACUAGGGGACAUGUGGCGGGGGCAGUUUCGGGCCUCGUGUGACAUGCCGUUGUAAAGAAUAAGUUCUGCUGCGUGAUCAAACCUUUGUCCCAACGACAGGUUGUACGAAACUCAGUAGGUUUAAAUCCGUGAUGCAUCCAUGAUGCAGUGACAAAAUGACCGCAAUUUUCAAAGUCGCAUCGUGUGCACUGGUCUUGCAAACUAAACUGUACACUACAACACGUUUAUAUGCCUCAAUCCGUUUUGUGUGCACCAGCUGGCGUACUAUCCCUACAACAUGCGUCCUAUGUAUACAGGCGAAAACCGACUUCCAGAAUAUGAAAGUACUGUGCAAUAGCUCAGUUUCCUUUGAAUGGUCACACACUAGGGUUUCAUCUACAGACUUAAAAAGUUUUAACCUAGAACUAUCUUCCACAAUAUAAUAAAAUCUUCCACAAUACAUUCCACAGUACUACAUGAAAGUAAUGCUCGGUAGCUUUCGUUUGAAUGGUCACACAUUAGGGUUUUAUCAACAGACUUAAAAGCUAGAACCACCUUGUACAGCAUAAUAAAACAAUACCACAUGAAAGUACUGCUCAGUAGCUUUCGUUUAAAUGGUUACACGCUAAGCUCUUGUCACAGACAUAAAAUUCGUACCUGCGUUUCAAAAUAGCGUAAAAACAGAACAUUGUAAAAUUCUGACCAAUAGCCCUGUUCACGGAUAAUUUUUCUCAUUUGCAUUACAAUGUAAUCCAACGUGGAUGCGAGGCAAUUUCGGGCUAAAACUAUAAAAUAGCC